GCACGGGCGAGAAUGAGGGUCGAGUACGAGGGUUACUGCAUCCUUGCACUGAAGCCGUGUGCCCCAUUAUCGUGGGGAGACGUUGAAAGCAUGCGAGAGGGCAGAAUGUCUGACGCGUACAGGCUCAGCACGGAUUGAAGUGGCACUGACACGCACGCAGCUAUUCAGAUCUCUCAUCGACCGAUCGAUCGUACAGGAAGCAAGGACCUUCCAAAGUCACAAAGCAAAGCCGCUGGGCCGGGCCUUUGUCCUUCUCUUGCUUCAUCGAAGCCUGUCAGAGAGAGCUGUGGACAGCGAACGACUCUGGGACCGCGACCAACGACUCCAGCGAGCACUGCGACGGCUGUGGGAGCAGUGCGCUCGUCGCGUCCCGUCGCCAGUCCCGACUGCCUACUGGAGCAAGCCCGACAGUCCCAAGGACAGAAUGAGAAGCCCGAAAAAAGCUUCUGCUCUCUUCCCCGUCAGUACACACUCGCGAGUACAACGGAAGUUAUGGCCGUCGUACACCACUCGAGCACGCGUUGAAAGGCUUUUUAUGGUUCUUGUCACUCCAUGGCGAGUGGACAGUGGCACAGAGCAACAUUCAAGAGGCCGAGCGAGCGCCCAACGAGGAAGAAACUUGUGAUGUCAAGCCGGCCGGCCAGCUGUCAUCGAGCUGGGACUCUGAGACCCUGCGACUAGCUCAGGCUCUCAGACACCGACCCAUUCAUUCACUCUCUCUCCACCGAGAGGCACGAGCUCAUCAUUCGAAGGCAACUCCAGAGCGAGCACUGCAAGGCCUGGCGUACAGAGCGUGGCAGCUGAAAGCCGAACUCCUGCACUCGAUCGAGGAAUCUCCAUCGCACCUGACCGUUGACCCCCAGCUUUUGAAUCGCUCAGCUCAUCUGCCCUUGUGAGCAGCAGCAGCAGCAGCAGCAACCGAGGAGUCGAGGAGCAGAGGAGCAGAGGAACUGAGGCGGGAAACCAGGGACGAGAUUAUGGCCGCGAUGAAGCUGGUCGCUGCUCUCGCGUUGGCCACUAUUUUGAGUGUUCACGCUCGGGAUCCCGAGCUCACCACGGACUUUUCAGUACCGCCCGGCGUCAAUGCGUCCACGAUCACAGGAGAGUAUUUCACCUUCACGGGGCUCAGAGAUUUCGCUGCGCCUCCGGGCAUGUUCGGGUCCAAGAAGGUGACGCAGAUAGAGUUCCCUGCGCUUACAGGGCUCGGUGUGGGCGUCACUCUGCUCGAGUACAAGCCCAUGACCUUGAACCCACCGCACACUCACCCGCGCGGCACGGAGCUCCUCUACGUGCUGGCCGGAACCUUGGACGUGGGUCUUGUGGACUCUGCCAAUAAGCUCUACGCCGCCACGCUCCGAAAGGGUGACUUGUUCGUCUUCCCUCAAGGCCUGGUCCACUUCCAGAUCAACAAGUCCAGCAAGAAGCCUGUGCGUGCUCUGUCGGCCUUCGGUAGUUCCAAUGCAGGCACAAUCUCGCUACCCAGGAACCUCUUCGGCUCGGGCAUCGACGACGCUGUUCUUCUCAGUGCCUUCAAAAUCACCGCGGAGGAGUUGAAGGUGUUGGAGGCCCCUUUCAUGCCCGUCAUGUAAACUGGCAGGUGACAAGACUCGCUUCCCAGGUCACAGUUUCCACGCGCUGGUGAAAUUCGGCGCCAUUCUUUCAAGGGGUUUCGGGAAAUCUCUCUCAGACUUUGCAUAAUUUCUUGCUUUGUUUCACUGCAGAUUAGGCUCUGCAAUGAUCUCUGUUGUUUCUGCUCCGUCUGUCAGCUCUGUAACGUAACGUGAUAGUGUAGAAUAAGACUCAGCACACUACCUAAUGGUGGGGCGCUGACGCAGACCGACUUCGAGUCUUGCGUCCUCUCGACGCUUUGUCCUCCUACAGUCAGAUCGGCUGGCUCUUGUUUUUUCCUUUAGAUUGGAGUGUUGUGACAAGAGUAUUCUUGAAUAGAGUUGGGAGCGAAGCAGAAUAUCACUGUAUUGGCGAUAUCUAAGCUCCCUCCGAGAAAGGGCCAUUUGUACAAUGCUGAAUAAGAAAACGUUUUCGUUGAUCUUCUGUGAUUCCUUUGAAUUCUAUGUGAAGCUUAACUCCCCU